GAUAUGGGACAGGAAACAGCCAUCUUAACAUAGGGGUGGUUCUCAUCUUCGUGCUGAUAGUUCUCCCUAAAGUCGCUGCGAUCAUUCACUUCCGAUGCUCGGCAGAAGUUCCGCUCUGUUCUGGUGGAAGCAACGGUGAAACUGGAUGAGCUGGUGAAGAAAAUCGGCAAAGCCGUGGAAGACUCGAAGCCCUACUGGGAGGCGCGGAGGGUGGCGAGGCAGCUUCGUGUGACCUGGCCGGGUCUCUGAGAGCCACAGUCAGCACCUGCAGAAUGAAUGAAGCCAUUGGGCCGCCAUCCCCGGGGCCCCUCUGCUUCUCACCUGCUGGCAGGGAGCUGCGGAUCUGGACAGGGACGGUGCUGGGAGCCGCUCUGUCCACCUCGGCAUCUUUAGCAAGUGAGAGCUGCUGUGUGAGGCCACAGCUGCCACACCUGUCUUGUGAGGGGGUGGCCUGCCACCUCCAACUGAUAAGGAGCUGGCAGGCGUAUCUGGUCUCUUGGAUGCUGGACUGUGAAGAUCGUCGGCUCCUCUACCUGGUGCCUGUCCCCUCAUGCAGCAUUUACGAGGCCCUGCAGGUGCCAGGCUCGUCCCCACAUGGAAAGGCAGAGGCUCAGCUGGAAGCUCAGAAAGCCACACAGGACUUCCAGAGGGCCACAGAGGUGCUCCGGGCCGCCAAGGAAACCAUCUCCCUGGCUGAACAGCGGCUGCUGGAGGAUGACAAGCGGCAGUUCGACUCAGCCUGGCAGGAGAUGCUGAAUCACGCCACUCAGAGGGUCAUGGAGGCGGAGCAGACCAAGACGAGGAGUGAGCUGGUGCACAAGGAGACCGCGGCCAGGUACAACGCCGCCAUGGGCCGCAUGCGGCAGCUGGAGAAGAAGCUCAAGAGAGCCAUCAACAAGUCCAAGCCUUAUUUUGAACUCAAGGCAAAGUACUAUGUGCAGCUUGAGCAACUGAAGAAGACCGUGGACGACCUGCAGGCCAAACUGGCUCUGGCAAAAGGCGAGUACAAGACGGCCCUGAAGAACCUGGAGAUGAUCUCGGACGAGAUCCACGAGCGGCGGCGCUCCAGCGCCAUGGGGCCGCGGGGCUGCGGUGUGGGGGCCGAGGGCAGCAGCACGUCUGUGGAGGACCUGUCGGGGAGCAAGCCUGAGCCAGAUGCCGUUUCCGUGGCCUCCGAGGCCUUUGAAGACGACAGCUGCAGCAACUUUGUGUCCGAGGACGACUCGGAAACCCAGUCCGUGUCCAGCUUUAGCUCGGGACCGGCGAGCCCGUCGGAGGUGCCGGACCAGUUCCCCGCGGCCGUGAGGCCCGGCAGCCUGGACCUGCCCAGCCCCGUGUCUCUGUCAGAGUUCGGGCUGAUGUUCCCGGUGCUGGGCCCGCGCAGCGAAUGCAGUGGGGCCUCCUCCCCGGAAUGCGAGGUAGAACGAGGAGACAGGGCCGAAGGGGCGGAGAAUAAAACAAGUGACAAAGCCAACAACAAUCGCGGUCUCAGCAACAGCAAGAGCCAAAGCAGCAGCGUGCGCGAGGGCCAGGCCUUGGAGAACAGGAUGAAGCAGCUCUCCCUCCAGUGCUCGAAGGGAAGAGACGGGAUUAUUGCUGACAUUAAAGUGGUGCAGAUUGGCUGACCCAUCCAGAUCCCUGGCCCAAGUGCACAUCAGUAUUAAUACCUGAAGCUGUAUGGAGAACAUUGUGCCAAUAAUCAUUUAAUAUAUGCCAAAUCCUAAGCGUUUACUCUAAACUGCACUAAUGAAGUUGUGACCUUGAGGGCUGAAGAGUAUCUUCUGGGAAAGAGCUCUUGGGCUGGUUUGUUUUUCAGAGCAGAGGCAUUGUUGCAGGGGACUGUGGCCAGGGUCACAGCCUUUGUGGAGUAUUACCUGUGACGGUGGUAUGGAAGCAAUAACUAGUUCCUGUGAAAGAACCAGAGGCAGGAAAGGGGCUGGGAAGCUGAGCCAACCUGGGGCCAACAGCCUGCUUCUCCUUCCCUUCUCUUCCCCUCACUUUGAGAAAAUGGGAGACUGUCUCUCCUUUAUAUCCCAGGGCAUCUCAGUGAAAACACACAAGAGCAAAACUCGUAUCUUCAGAACACACCUUUUUGGCCCAGCGAAAGCUUAAAAAAAACCAAAAAAACCAGAGAACACAAUUCCUUUCCCGCCACCUCUGGUAUUCAGAAGGGACUUUUAAAAGGGCAUAUAUGCUGGGACACCCAUUAGAACCAUCUUCUAGAAAGGUUACCGUGAACUGCGCUUUCUGGGGUGGGAAAGGUGAAUGCCAGCAUGGGGGUGGGAGGGAUGGAGGGUGGCAGGGACGUACCAUAGAAGGGGGUUUGAGACUCUAACAUAAACCUUAUCCUUCCUGCCAGCCAAGGGACUUAAUUCCUAAGAGAGGUGCAUGUGAAGAAUGGUUGCCAUUGUUAUAUCUAGAUUGACAAGGUGUCAAUUUCUCUGUAGGUUGUGACUUUAAAAAUAAAUUAUUUAAGGGUUAUGCUGCAUUAGUAUUUCUUAGAGGGACUUGUUCCUUAAAGAUAGGAAAGGGAGUAGGCAUGUGUUGGCACAGGCUGUUAAAUAGAAGCAAUGAAGUCUGUUAUGCUAAUAGUAGUAAGUGUUAAGACUGCUUUUCUUUAAUGUUUUCAUGGUUACACAUAUUUAGAGCACUGUAUUUUAUUUGUCGUUUUUUUGUUAAGAAAACUUAGCAUUUCUAAAGGAAAAAAAAGCAAAUCCAUUUCAAGUUGUCUGUGAAUUUCGACACAGCUUGUCUCUUCUAGUCAUUUGUAAAUCUCUUCAUACUGUAGUGUUUUCUCCUUUUUUAAUGACUGAUCCAGUAUCCUAAUUCCAAGGUUAUUUUGUACUUGUCUUAAUUCCUUGAGUGUAAUAAAAAUGGCUUCAGAAAAUGUU